AGAAAUGGUGUGAGAUGGUUGUAUGGAAGUGCCGGCCUCCUUGAUGUAUGAUGAGGUGGAACAGCUGUACAACGACGAAGUUUUGAACACCCGCAGAGAACUCCAGGAAAGCUCAGCAAAUCUCGAGCAACUCGCACAGUAUUGUGAACAAAGCUUCCUGACAUGUCAGGAUCAACAGACUGUGUUUGAUCAAAGUAAGGGGUACGUGGUACACUCCCUUGUCAACGUAUCUCACCGACUCACCAAGCUUUCGACCAGCUUAUCGCAGCUGCUUAACACUCACAAUGGCAGAUUGGAGAAUAUAAAUCACCAGCUACACUGUAUUCAACAGGAUUUUGAAAACAUUGAAAGUUAUCAUUCCAAAGAAAAGGUCAAAUCUCUGGGGGUUACUAUUGCAAUACAACGACAACAUAAAGUUGUACAAAAUAAGUCAAUAAACAAAGAUGGAAUGAAGCAUGUACGGAAACCCAUAGAUCUCUCAGUGCUAGAUAACAUAGGUCACGGAGUGAUAGUGCCAGAUGAGCCGCGCCCAGUCCCCCUACACCAGGGUCAGAACAUAAACAACAUUGUGGGGUCACGUGACAAGCCGACCAUGCAGCGGGACAAGUCACGUGAUAACUUCAGUAAUAGCAGGUCUCAUCACAACUCGCUCAAACAGAACGGAGCUGGGCCGCCCAGGGGAGAUUACGGGACUAUGGGCGGAUACGGUACCAAUGGUUACCUACCCCAGCAGCAUCCUAACCAGAUACAGCCUCAACCUAUAGCACCUUCACACCGGGAACAUCCACUCCAGCCGCAUCACAUGCAGCCUGGACAGAUGCAGCCUGGACAUAUGCAGCCAGGGCAAAUGCAGCCUGGACAGAUGCAGCCUGGACAGAUGCAGCCAGGGCAAAUGCAGUCUGGUCAAAUGCAGCCUGGACAGAUGCAGCCUGGACAGAUGCAGCCUGGACAAUUACAGCCUGGACAGAUGCAGCCAGGGCAAAUGCAGCCUGGACAGAUGCAACCUGGUCAAAUGCAGCCUGGUCAGUUGCAUUCUGGACAGUUGCAGCCUGGUCAAAUGCAGCCUGGUCAAAUGCAGCCUGGACAAUUACAGCCUGGACAAUUACAGCCUGGGCAGAUGCAAAAUCCAAUUCAACACCCACAACUCCAGCAGAUGCAACAACACAGUAUGCCCAACAUGAUGCCACCGUAUAACCCUGCCAUGGAAACAAGAACUCUGGACAGGAACGUGGCGUCACUGGAACGUAACUUUGACAGAGCCCUUACUAUCGACCGCUCCAUCAUGUUCGAUCCAAGGACGCAGAAUAUGGUUACAGAUAGACAUCCCAUUAUUGGAGGUCCGGGAAUAGAGAGGAUAUCAGACCGGAGCUCUGACCGGAGUUCUGACCACACGUCACCCAGUGUUCAUAACCAGACCACCUUCAACAACUGGACUCCACAGUCACAAGAAGAUCCUAGAACGAGAGGAUUAGAUCGGCCCGGUUACGAACGAAGCUUCUCUCACGGCUCCCAUGGGAGUGUUCCGAAUGAACGGAGUAUUUCCUCUGAUGACUACGCUACACAACAGUACCCUUACAACAGACGAGAUUCGCCCCAGCUAGCAGGAAUCCAGCACCAAGGUUACCCUCCCCAGCAACAAUACGCGCCCCAACAAGUUGCCCCUCACAUGACCUCACAACGCAGCAUCACGUCCCAAAAUAGCAUCGCCUCAUCUCAAGGUCCCCCCUUACAACCUCCUCUACCGUUCGUGGGGCAACAGUUCCACAGCGCCAAGAGAUACGGUAGCAGGGGUAGUUUGGACGAUAGUUCGUGUACUUCCUCCUCUCCCAGCUUGCAGUCCUACAAAACAUCUAAUUCGCGCAAUCCCGAGUAUGAUGACGGAUCUUCUCAACGCUCCACCAAUGGUCCCUUCUCAGACUCCGGCCUAGGAACCUGGGCACAGUCCGACGCUCCUCCCAACAUAUCUGACAAGAUCUCGCAACCUAUGUCUGAGCUGGACAACAUUGACUCAGGAACAGAUUCUGGCUAUAUACCUCCCAACUUCAUCAAGAAAGUUCAGAGCAUUUACCGGUACAACAAAACAAGUGACGACGAGCUAACUCUACCUGUAGGAGCCACUGUCUACGUGCUACAAGAGCACAGCGACGGUUGGAGUGAGGGUUUCUACAACGGCCAAUACGGUUACUUCCCGGCCAAUUUCACCACCAUGCUGGUUGAUAAGUAACGUAUUUAGGAUAACCAACCUUUUGAGAGCUAUCUGAUUUUCUUGUGAUGUGGAGAAUGUUAUGAAUUGGCGGGUGUGGACCGCCCGAAGUGGAAGAGAGAAAGAGCUGGAAAUAUAUAUCAAAUUACGACCUCAAAAUGGUUUAGCUGAGCGAUGAAAAGGUUUGAGGUACCUGGGUCGCUAGAUUCGAGGCAAAGACUGAAUAAAAAGGUUGAUAUAUUGUGUAUGAAUAUUGGGAAUUAAAUGAAUUUGAUAAAUUUACUUUUCGAGCAUUGGUUUCCAAACUUUUACUUGUUUUUAUUUUAUUUCUAUGUAAAAUAUUUGCCAUCGCAUGAUGUUAACUAACUGACUAGUAUAAUUUAUCAUACGUUUUGUAUCGAGAUUGGACACAAUUUUAACGAUAAGAUGAAUUCCAUUCAAGGAAUCGUCCAUCCAUCAUAAAACAGACCACUUUUGUUGGCCUGAACUUAUCACUGAACAAUCUGCCUGAAAUGUUAUUGAAUUUUGUCAAAUGAGAACAAUGGAUUUGUUCGAACGAACACUGAGUGGUUUCAGCCCGAUUUCACCAAUUUUGUCUCACGAUCGGGCUGGAAUCCCUCUACUUUUUUUCCCUAUUUGUUUGAGGAUUUUUGUUUUAUACAUGGAGUGUUUGGAAAACAGCCAACUCUUGAUAGUUGUAAUUUGGCAGCCAUUUUAUGUUUAAAUUUUAAGCACCGUAUGGCUUUAUUUAAAAAUUAUUUGUCACUGUGGCACGACUUCAGAGCUUUCAGGCGAAGUGAUUCAUUGUUUCAAUUUAUAUUCUUUGUGAUGAAAAUUGAUUGAAUUGAGUUCAAACUUGAAUCAUUUAUUUAUCUGGUCAGAAUUUCCAUACAUUUUUUCAACAUCACGUGUUUUGUUUACAGUCUCAUAUAUUUGAUCCUUCCUGUUGUGCUUUAAUUUUAUGAAAUUCACAUUUUCAAAUUUCACAUAGUGCCGUUCAAGUGCUCCCUGCUGGACAUUAUUUGAGAUGGAAGUUGAAAUUUUAAAACAAAAAUGAUAUAAAUACUAAACAAAUUAUUAAACCUAAAGGUGGUAUGAGUUUGGGCAUUGCUGCACUGUGUUGAUGACUAACGGCCGAAAGAGUGGGCUCCCAUUGAAACUGAGCCUUAGUUUUUCCAGUCCUCCUUAAUUCUUUAAAAAGACCUGUCUGAGAUAUGCAUUCUUGAAAGUACUGUCAUGACCUUUGUUCUAAAGAUUGAACAUUUUGUUAACUUAUGUUGAUUUAUGAAACAACACUACUAGCAUCCAAACUUAUCAUUUCUAUGGAGCCGUUAUAUUCUGCCGAUAAAGUCAUCACCAUGACAUGUACGCAAGUUGCUCGGUUAAAAUGCGGUCAUUGACUGAUAAAAGUGGUUAACCAAGAACAAUGUGUGAGCUGCCGAAUAUAUUUUCAAUGUUUUAUCAAUGAGUUUUUACAUAAACCUA